AGAUUUUAUUUGUGUCCAACAUUCCUUUGACUGCUCCCAGGCAACUAAUCCCAGCCAAUCUUUGGUCAAUCUUCAUGUAGAGUCUUAUGGUAAUAAAAAUGUCCAACACAUCUCAAAGAUCACUGCAAUCACAUGUACAGUGAUCUUUGAGCUCUCUUUAUUUUCAUUUGCACAAAAAGAGGUAAAAAGUAAAACAGAAGAUUUGGAAUUAACAAUGAAGGCAGUCAAUAUCUUCGAUGUUCUCUUGUUAGCAGGAAGUUUACUCCCAGCAGGGCUGUGUGAGACACAUCAUGAAGUUUACAAGCUGAAAAUGGACGAGGCGCUGAUAAAAUUCCAUAAUGAACUUCCGUACAACAUUAGUGUUUACUACACCUCGGAUUACUGUUAUAAGUGUCUUUAUCAGCCUCUUGCCACUCUUGGAAUUGGGCAGAGUAAUAUUUCUGUGAUUGUAAGCACACAAUUCAAAUUGACUCUACAAAUCACAUCAAUAGUUGGAACCGCCAAUCUUUGCAGUCUGAGUCAGACAUUUGAGGAAGCUGGCCAUUAUUCUCUGUGGAUGAGGAAGCAGGGCUUGCUAAAGGAUGUAACCUGCUCUCUCACUGUGGACAGGAGUCCAAAUAACGCAUACCUGCCACUGUUGGCGGCGUUCUUGAUUCUGACUUUCAUUGCUGCAUUUUGGGUCUCUUUACCUUAUAUACUCAGAUUACGCUGUUCUCAGAGGCUAAAGAAUCGAAUGUGUCACCACGGGUCUCAGAACUCCAUGGAAAUGGAGGAGCCUAAUACCGAACAACAAAUUGACGAAAGCAAACCGAAAUCAUCAAGACUGAAGUCACUGGACACAUUCAGAGGAUUUUCCCUGACUGUGAUGGUGUUUGUGAAUUAUGGAGGAGGUGGUUACUGGUUUUUCCAACAUGCACCAUGGAAUGGUCUCACAGUUGCUGAUCUUGUGAUGCCUUGGUUUGUGUUUAUUAUAGGUACUUCUGUAAUGCUAGCAUUCACGUCGAUGCAUAGAAAAGGUGUUUCAUUGCUACAGCUGCUUCGCAAGGUGACCUGGAGGACCGUCGUCCUGAUGCUCAUCGGCUUCUGCUUUAUGAACUACAGCCCAAGAGAUGGGUUUUUAUCCUGGUCCUGGCUGCGGAUACCCGGAGUUCUCCAGCGUCUGGGCUUCACCUAUUUCGUUCUGGCACUGAUGCAGACUUUCUCUCCCCUCCGAGAGAUCCCCUUGAGAGAGCAUAACUGGUGGAACCCCAUUCAGGAUGUCAUUUUAUACUGGCCUGAGUGGCUCUUCAUUGUGUUGCUGGAGACCUUGUGGCUGUGCCUCACUUUCCUACUGCCAGUCCCAAACUGCCCUACUGGAUAUUUAGGAGCAGGAGGUGUUGGAGAUGCAGGUUUAUACCCAAACUGCACAGGAGGAGCAGCUGCACAUAUAGACAAGUGGUUUUUUGGGGACAACAUGUUCUGGUAUCCGACAUGCAAGGUCUUGUAUCGAACAACAGAGCCUUUUGACCCAGAGGGUGUUCUGGGUACAAUAAACUCCAUAGUCAUGGGAUUCUUAGGCAUGCAGGCCGGAAAGAUUCUUCUGUUUUUUCGUCAGAUGAAUAAAGGUAUCCUGGCGCGAUUCCUGGUUUGGGCUUUAAUCCUGGGAAUCUCCGCAGCCAUCCUUUCUAAGUGCACAAGAGACGAAGGAUUUAUACCUGUCAAUAAAAACCUUUGGUCUCUGUCGUUUGUGACUUGCAUGGCCUGCAUGUCGUUUUUGCUGCUUGCUGUGAUGUAUUUCAUCAUAGAUGUUAAGAAAUGGUGGGGCGGACAACCUUUCAUUUUUCCUGGAAUGAACUCUAUAUUUGUGUAUGUUGGUCACUCUCUGCUGGGCUCGUACUUCCCCUUCAGUUGGGAGAUGCGUUUUCAGGACAGUCACUGGGAGCCGCUUUUCCAGAACCUGUGGGCAACUGGACUUUGGGUCUUCAUCUCGUAUCUACUCUACCGCAAAAAAUUUUUCCUCAAAAUCUGAUGCUGCAAGUGUUUUUGUCUCAUGAAAGCAUUUAUAUACGUUAAGUGUUAGUUAUUCAUUUAAAUUAUUUAUAAAACACUCUAUAAAAUAAAGGUUCUAAAACUGA